AUGGCCGAAAAGCGCAAGCUUCCGGCGCGUGACCGUCGCGAAUCUGCAGCCAAAAGACGUGUCUCCGAAGCCACGCCGCAGUCUCACAAGAAAAAGGCGCCAACUCCUCGCCCUCCAACGCCAACCCCCGAACUAGUUGAUGCUCCUCUACCAACGAAGGUCAAGGAUGGGGAUCCCUUGCCUAUUGUCCACAUGCGACAGCCACUUUCCUUGUCGGACAAUGAGUACCAGUCAAUCGCUGAAAGUGCAGUUCUCCUCGCUUCACUCGAACGAUCGAAGAAAAAGUGGCUGAGCGAUGGCAUCCUUGUUCGGUACUACACAAAGCCGAAGAAGACGAAGCGCGAACAGAUCGAGAAGAACAACCCAUCGAAGGACACUAUGGCAAAAGUUGGGCCUUGCGAUGUCACCAUCGGCCCCCAUUUCUUUGAUGCCAUGAUUUACAUUGUCAAAGAUCCCAGUGCACCACCAGCACUCCAAUACGCACCCCCGCAACGACCGAUGGUUCACUAUGGCCACCCUAAUAACUUCCAACAAUACCGACCGUAUCCUACUCCAUCCAAUCAACAACGACCUGCGCAAUAUUCUCCCGCUCCUCCCGGUCGCCCUGGGUAUACAGGAAGCCACCCCUCACCCCAACAAGCUCGUGGCCCGAAUCAAAGCAAUGCGCCCUCUCCCCAAGGAGGACAAAAGCCUCCACAGGGACAAAAGGGCCAGCCAGCCAAGCCCAGUCCAGAUCCUGUGAUUCAAAUGCUGGCUACAAGGGCAGCUGCAGACCCUGAACUGAAGGCCUUGAUGCGUGUUGUUGCUUCAAGCCAAGCAUCCCAGGAGCAGCUCCGGGCUUUCCAAGCACACAUCGAUGAACUCAAUGCAAUCAUCAAGUCAAGAGAGCAGCAGGAACAACGGCAGCAAUCUUCAACAGCACAACCAAUCACACAACAGUCAACCCCUACACCACAAACUCAGACCCAAAAACAACAAGAUGGCGGGACGAAAUCAGUAUCGGAGAAAUCCCCACAAACGUCACAGACCCCAUCCAAAGGUUCCAAGCAGCCACCUGUGAAGACGGAGGCGCAGCCUCAGACGCCUGCGCAGGCCCUACCGAGCCAGGCUCCUAACCAUCCCCAGAGCGCCACCGGAUCGGAUACCAUCAAGGAAGAGCAAUCGGCCACAGAGCAAAAGGGCUCCCAGCCUGCGCCCUCCGAAGCAGGGCGUCCAGUUGUACCAAGCCAAUCAGUGACGCCUGGUACUGCAAGCACCUCAACCCCUGCUUCUACUUCUCAGCAGCAGGCUUUGGUACACCCGACACCACCAGCCAGCGCUCAGCAGCCAGGAGCACGACCGGGACUACCAUAUGCUCCCCAUCAACAACCUGCUUAUGGGUCACAACCUCCACUUCAGUCUCGACCACCCCAAUAUGGUUCUCCUGUUCCAUUCUCCCGCCCACCUCCAAUUCCUUAUGUCUCCCCACUUGGAUCUCCACCAGUAAACUACAAGUCUGUGGUGUUUGAAUUCACAUCUCCUUUAACUCCAUAUGGAAGCAGUACCUCGGGUCAUGCCGGUUCGGGUGACCGUUACCUCUUCCCUGAGUACACCAUUCUAGAAUGGCUCCCAGCCGAGAAUACGGUCAUCGCCUCGUUUUUGGUAGUGCGGAAGGUCGCUCCAAACACACCAUUCCCUCUUGAAACUGCCACAGAAGCUGCAAACACUAAAGGCAAAGGCAAGGGGACAUCCAAAGCUAAGAAGGCUGAACCGAAACUCAAAACCGACAAGGGCAAACUACCAACCGAUACCCCAGCCCCCAGCCAACCAGGGACGCCUACAACGGGAACGCCACAAAAGCAGGAAUCUACCGACCAAGCAGGUCUUUUAACCCCCGGUCUCCCAGGAACUCCUAUGAAUGAGGCGAAUCUCAAGGAAUACUGGCAACCAGUCACGUUCCGUAUCCAUGCCCCCAAUGCCAAAAUCCUCGAGCCUCUAGCCCGUGUCGUCAAGCCAGCCGACGAGGUGCGCAAAUAUAUGAAUGAUAUCAUGGACCGCGCCGAACGUGCGCCAGAUGGCUACCUGGCCAUGCGUCUGCCUCGUGAGGCGACGUCAGAAUCCCUCGAGAGGGACGGGACACCUGCUUCUUCGGGAAAUGUCGGUUCCGGAACCCGCAGUCGUCUUUCCCAUGUUCAGCUGGCUGGUGAUGAAUCCGAAGCGGGGAAUUCAGCUUUCGAAUUCGAAGAGGACGAAGAAGACCUCAAGGAUUUCUAUGAUGCGCCGAGCGGACUACCGCCGUUGAAGGCAUAA